AUGAGCCACCUGCGGGCGGCCGCCGCCGAGUGGGUGGAAGGCGGCAGGGACUUGGGGGCCCAGGAGCAGCUGGAGCAGACUCUCCUAGGGCAGGAGCAUCCCGGUUGCGGUUUCCCCCCUGCUUGGCUGGGCAUGUGCUGCCCGGCACGCGUCCCCGUAGCCGCCGCCGCCUCCCCCAGAUACCUGCUGCCCGGAGCAGCGGAGGAGGAGGAGGAGCAGCCGCUGGAGGCGGGGGGAGCCGAGCAGCACCUGGGCGGCUGCAGCAGCAGGAGCGGCCCCUCGGGGAAACUGUGCAAGCUGCCAGGGGGCGUCCCGUCGGCGGAGGGGGUGUCGGGCUGCGGCAGGCAGCGCGCCCCGUCCGGGGGGCUCCGGCAGCAGGUGAGCGGCGUGCAGAAGCAGCGACGGCUGGCGGCCAACGCCCGGGAGCGGCGGCGGAUGCACGGGCUGAACCACGCCUUCGACCAGCUGCGCAAUGUCAUCCCCUCUUUCAACAACGACAAGAAGCUGUCCAAGUACGAGACCCUGCAGAUGGCGCAGAUCUACAUUAGCGCGCUGGCCGAGCUGCUGCACAGCCCGGCCGCGCCCGCCGACACCCCGGGCAAGGGCGAGCACCGCGCGACGCCCCACGAGGCAACCGGAGCAGAGGCCGGAGCUGCAGGGCAAGGACAGGGGCAGCAGCAGAGACCCUCGCCCUCCGGCCACUGCAGGACUCGCUUCCCCCAGCAGUCGGCUGCGGGGGGCUACUCCGUGCCGCUGGACCCUCUGCACUUCUCCUUCCAGGAGAGCGCCCUGAUGGCACAGAAAGCCCCCUCCCCGGCCCUCCUCGGCCAGCCGCAGGAGAGGAGCAAACCAUCGCCCAGGUCCCACAGGAGCGAUGGAGAGUUCUCGCCCCGCUCCCACUACAGUGACUCUGAUGAGGCCAGCUAGGGAGGGAGCCCAGCAGCACCACGGGGGCGACAGGGGCAGAGUCACAACCAGAGCUGUCCCAGUCUGCCACGGGCCGGGAGGGGGGCGAAAAAGGGGCGCUAUGACUUCUGAAAACUUUGCCAUGUAUCUGCUUCCGCUGUUAAACUAGACCACAAAAGGCUGUUGAAAAUAGCAUCGAUUCCUUUAGCUUAUGAAUCUCCAGCCUUCUCCUUGGUUGGUCUAUGGGAAUGGCUAUUUUGUGAUUCAGUGUUCCCUUUAUCCACCCCAUCCCGUUUCCCUUUCUUUGCAUACGGAUUGUUAUAAUUUCUCUCUCC